AUGAUCUUUAAUAGCGUUGUCCUAGCCCUUUUCAUCUGGGCCUUGGGACUCGUCCAAGCUGACGUUUCAGUCCUUAAACCCACCUCUGGGUCCACAUACACAGCCACAGGCACUAUGGCCAUUUCUUGGGAAGAUGAUGGUAAUGCGCCAUUACUGGACUCUGAUAUCUCCACGCUGUCCAUUCUGCUCUGUACAGGUCCAAACUCCAAUAUCAACUGUUUCUAUACCAUUGUCAAUGCUGUCGCUCCUUCUACCUUGGGAACUUCUUACUCAUUUUCAAUCUCCUCCGCACAAACCCUCGCAGCCUCAGGGUCUUUCUACCUCCAAUUUUAUGCCCGCGCUUCUAACGGCGGAUAUACCAUCCACUAUUCAAACCGUUUCACAAUCUCAGGCAUGACUGGUUCUCUUACAGCCACUGCUGGUGACUCAACAUCUCCUCCCAACGACGAGAUUAGCUACAGUACCACCACUGCUGCAACGGAUUCCAUGCUGGACCCCGACACUGCUUACACCAUUCCAUACACAAUGCAGACUGGCAUUUACCGUUAUGCUCCAAUGCAACGACAGCCAGUUUCUAAAGUCACCAUGAAGCUUUCUGCGUCCCGACGCUACCCCACCACUUCGGUAUCACUCUUCACUACUUGGACCCUGCAGCCUGAUGCCGUCACAACAACCACAGCCUCCAUCACUUACUCUACAACGCAGGCCGUUAAUUGGGCUACACCAGCUCCACAACCCACGGUUGUCGGAUACUAUGCUGCAUCUGAGGCGCUUGCGCGGACCAUCAAUGCAAAGUCAAAACGCGGGUACGUUGAUCUGUAG